CUUGAAUUUCUUCAGCGGGUUGUUGUAGGACCCGCCCGCUCCUGUUUGCGCCAUGGUUUUAAUAUUAUUUGGUGUAGAGAAUCGAAAUGUAUCGUCUCGGCGGUGGUGGCCGUCGUUGAGGGAGGGAGGGGUGUAUUCGUUAAAAGGGGUGCUCGUGGAGUCGUCGUUAACCGUCGUCAAAUCAGUGGCCAGGCUGACCAGGAACCCAAGAAGCGCGGCGUGGUUCGGCUCAACAGCUUUCGGAUGGUUGUAUCGGUAUUGUCUAGGAGUGAACAAGUGUCCUCGAAAAUUAUACUCGGUACGGAGUAAGGUUCAAAAACUGGGAGGUCUAAGUUCCCUUUGUGAUGGGAAUUCGGUUCAGCUCGAAUCCACAACGCCCAGUCUCUCAACUCUCCUCAACAGACCCGAUUGCGGCUACGGUGAAAGGGGGGCGUGUCCAUGCGUGCGUGCAUGCCACCAGCCAGGCGACGCCCGCUGUUUUUCGCAAGCCACGCCUGGCCGUUCCAGCGCUCUUGGCGGCCGUCAUGAGCAAGCAGCCAGAAACAUCAGGCCUGAACCUCGGAUUGGGUGCUGGCCAGGUCACCCUCGCCUGACACCUGGUGCAUGAUACUUUAUGCGCCACGUGCAGGGGUUCUUAUCUUAUCAGUCACGAACACCCGCUGAAAUUUUGAAAACCCGAACCCCACUUUGUAUCUCUGGCAGGGUGCUUUGGGCCAGACUCGCAGUCGACGAAAACACCAAAAAAAGUUGCUUGAAAGCAACGACUGGUUCGACCGACAGCAACCACAGCCACAGUCCAAGAUGCCUGUUCUUAAGGCCCCCUCGGGCAAUACCAAUGCCCCAUCGCAGUACAAACAACCAUCCAGGAAGGGCAAGAAGGCGUGGCGCAAGAAUGUCGACGUUACCGACAUCACGAAGGGCCUUGACCAGCUGAAUACUCAAAAGAUUAUUGGUGGAGUAAUUGCGGAAAAGGAUUCUGCCGAUCUGUUCGUUCUCGACGUCAAGGGCGAUGCCUCUAUCACCAAGAAGUUCCCCAAGAUCAAGAAGGGCCUCAAGUCAGAUGAGAUUCUUGCGGCUCGGUCAGCAGUACCGGCUGUGCCUAUGCGCAAGCGCCCCGCUCACGACAAGACCACAGAUGGUGUUCUUCCAGUCAAAAGGCAGCGCAAGGAGUAUGUCAGCGGCAAGGAGCUCAGCAGAUUAAAGAGGGUGGCAGAUGGGCAACACGACUCAACGGUUGACAUCGUCGAUGCCGCAUUUGACCCUUGGGCCGACGAGCCAAAGCCAGAGCCAGAGAAGGCCGUCGAGCUGGCUUUCCUGCCCGAGAAAGAGAAACCCAAGAAGCCCAAGACCCUCGAACAACAAUCCAUCUCACUCUCUGCCAACGGCAAACCGAUCCCUGCUGUCUAUGUACCGAAGGGUGGCGCCAGUUACAACCCCGACUUCACCGAGUAUCGAGAACGGUUGAUCGAGGAAAGCGAGAAGGCUGUGGAGGCCGAGAAGAAGCGUCUUGCCGAAUUAGAAGCGGAAAGGAUUAAACUUGAGGCCGCCGCUCGAUCAGCCGCCGAGGCUGAAGCUGCCGAGGCAAGGGCGGAUCUUUCAGAGUGGGAGGACGAUUCUGCUUGGGAAGGAUUCGAGAGUGCGGGAGAGGAGCUCAGUGUCAAGGCCAAGCGGCCAAGACGCAAAACACAGGCUGAGAGAAACAGAAUCAAGAGAAGAAAGGAGGAAGAACGGAGGCAGAAACACGAGGCGGCCAUGAAGGCAAAGAAUGCCCAGGCCGAGCGGAUCAAGCAAAUUGCGUUGGAGGUGGCAGAGAAGGAAAGGCAGUUGGCCCUUGAAAAGGCCGAGUUCAGUGAUGCGGAGGAGAUUGGUGAUGACGAGAAGCUGCGGAGGAAACAGUUUGGCCGGUACAGGCUGCCGGAGAAGGACUUGGAGCUUGUGCUUCCAGACGAGCUUCAGGAUUCGUUGAGACUCCUGAAGCCAGAAGGCAACCUGCUCAAGGACAGGUACAGGAGCAUGUUGGUUCGGGGCAAAAUGGAGGCUCGGAGAAAGAUUCCCUACAAGAGGCUGGCCAAGACCAAGAUCACAGAGAAGUGGACGUACAAGGACUUCCAGCUCCCAGCCUAAGAAGGUGGGCAUUGUGGUUGCUAGUUGGUGUGAAUACAUAAUGCAGCAUUGCCUGCUGGUUUCUUGUUCUUGUGGAUCAAAUUGUUCUUGUGAACCAAAUUCGCCUGCUAAUCAAUUUGCGCCCUGAUCAU